CUGUCUAUACAUCCAUGCUGUCUAUGGGACUUGCUUAGUAGUAGGCGCCGCCCAAUACUACGUCAUCACUACGCGUCCACAACACAGGUCUUCUCCUUCUCAUCUCACACCCAGAAGAUCAAACUGAGCAUCCUCCCUAACAAGAAAGACCCAGACAUUCUACUUGUAACCUGCAUGCUGUAAGGUCCAAGCUAUGUUGACGAAAACGGAGGAAAGGAAGCCACAGAAAGGGGAAGGAAAGAAGAGGAGACAUCCUGGUGAAGAUGGAGAAGGAGGAGAAAGCAAGAGGAGGGGAGGUGAAGAAGGAAAAGGGGGUCAGGGAGACGGUGGCAGGAAGCGUCUGGACGCCCUGAGUGUGGGCUAUUUCCGCCGAGUUGGGGAAAGACUCACUGAAGGCUUCGAAGAUAAUGAGGAGAGAGAGAUGUUUGUGGAAAAUGUCCUGACAGAAGUGAAAGGUAAAGCGACGGUGGUGUCGAUGGACCAGACGGGAAGCAUCACCCUGCAGCGGCUGCUCCCACUGUGCAGUCCUGACCAGGUGGCCACGGUGCUGGCUGAACUGGGUGGAGAAUCCGGGUCCGAGUUUAAAGCGGUUUCUUGUGAUCGGUGCGGCGGCCACGUAGUGGAGAGUGCAGUCAGACAGAUAUCCAGGUGGACAGAGUCGUCUGCUACCACAGAAGAAGAAGAAGAGGAGAGUUGUGGAGCGUUGGAGGCCCAGGUGUUGUCUUUAAGUAAGGCGGUGAGAGACAACAGCUUAAAAUCGGUCAUGGCUUAGCGUUCGAAAUAUUAUGCAGAAACACUGAUGUCUAUGCCGGCCCAGUGUGUCAGACCUGUACACACAGAGGCUUGUCUCUUUCAGCUUGUGUUCAUGUCGCCUUUGUUAUUUGUUUCCCCAGGUGCAAAAGAACGCAACGUUGCUCCUCAGCUGACAGACUUUGAGAUUCCCACUGCAUUUUGGUACGAGCUGAAAAGCCUUACAGAGACCUUGAUGGACAACGUGAAUCUAAGUGUGAUCGACGCUGUUGCAAGUGUCGUGUUCCAGACCAUGUUGACUGUGUGUCACAGAAAGCGGCCUAAACUCUGCAAACAGCUCCUCAAACGCAUCAUGGAGUACCUGACAAGUCGCAACGCCGCUCCAGGAGUGAGUCCACUUCUGGUCUUUCUCAAGGACAAGGCCUCCAGCCACCUCAUUGAGACGAUCAUACAGCUAUCCCACAAGUCCCUUCUCCGGGACCUCUACAAGAACCACCUCAAGGGUCAGCUGGUUGACUUGGCCCUCCAUUCCAUCGCCAACUUCCCCAUACAGAGGCUAACCGCAGCCUCGGCCAAAUCCAAACUGUUCCUGAAGUUGUUUGAUGAGCUGAUCCAAGGCGUGGAGGCCAUCCUGGCUGCAGGUCACAUGGGGGUGAUUGUCCAACUGGCCGAGAGCUGUGCAGAAAGCGAAGAGAAACAGGAGGAGAUGAUGCAGUGCCUCCUCCGCGCGUUCCACUGUGCCGAGCCCGGCUCUCGACACGUCAGCUGCCUCCCUCUCUUCAUGUCCCUGAUCACCUAUGAGGUGUAUUACCACUCUGACACAGCAGAGGGCAACAUACAGACAGAGGUCCCCCUGUCGUCCAUCUGUUACCACGGCUCCCGGCUGGUCCAGGCACUGGCCAAGUUCAAGGAGCGCUCACUCCUCCUCAGCAGCCUGCGCACUCUGAGCCCCGCUGACCUCCUGACGCUGGCUUCCGACCCGUCGGGCAGCCACGUCCUCCAGGCCCUCAUCACCACGUCCAGUGACAAGGGCAGAGGCAAGAUCCUCAAGAGACUGGAGGGCCAGUAUGUUCAGAUGGCCUGCUCCAGGUUGGGUAGUCGGGUGCUGGAAGCCGUAUGGAACAGUGCUACAGUCAGUCACAGGCAAAGCAUCGCACAGGAACUAGUGCUGAUUGAAAGCCAGCUGAGGUCGGAUCAGUUUGCUCGCCAUGUGUGGGCCAAAUUUGCCCUCUCCCACUUCAUCCACAGAAGAGCUCACUGGCAGGAAAUACAGACGGGCGAAUCCAAGAAGCGGAAGCUGUUCAGUGACAUCCUUGAGUAAAAAAAAAAAUAAAAUACAUAUUUAUAUAAUGUGUUAGUGUAUUGGAUACAAUAAAAUAAAGAAGAAAAUAUUCUGUA